ACAGAUGAUGAGCCAUGGGUUCGUGCCAAUGCAUACAUGAUCCAUGAUACAGCUGACUGGAAGGAUCUGAACUUGAAGUUUGUGCUGCAGGUGUACCGAGACUAUUACCUGACACAGGAUGAGCAGUAUCUGAAGGACAUGUGGCCCAUAUGCCAGACAGUUAUGGAAGUGGAGUUGAAAUUUGAUAAGGAUGGUGAUGGGCUGAUAGAAAAUUCUGGCUAUGCAGACCAGACUUAUGAUGGAUGGAAGGUGACAGGACCCAG